AUGCCACCAGACAACCCGAACAAGCUGCUCCCAGCCCUGCACCACGCUCUCUCCGGGUCGACGGGCACACUCAUCUCAACAUGCGUUCUGUAUCCUCUGUCGCUAGUCAUCACACGCCUGCAAGUCCAGCGCCAGCUCCGUCGCGAGGGCAAACUCGCGCCAGCUCCUCCUACUCAUCCCUCCGCUCCAGCAGACGCAGAACAGCAACAGCAACCACCACAACAAGAUCCCAAUCCAGCAGGUCCACGUGGACGGCCACAACAACAACAGCAACCAGAUCAACCGCAGCAACAAUCCCGGCAGCACCCGCAAGAGUACGCCGGCAUCGCCGACGCCUUUUCGCGGAUCUGGAGGUCCGAUGGCGAUGGCGGGCCGAGAGCGUUCUAUACUGGCCUGGCCCAAGAUGCAGCCAAAUCUGUCUUGGACUCUUUCCUCUUUUUUCUAUUCUAUGAGUGGUUCCGCAGCGUACGCCUGAGCUCGGGCCGGAAGAGGGGGCUCCAGGGCCGGGGGCUCGGCGUGCUGGAGGAGCUGGCCGUCGGCACGGCGGCGGGCGCCUGCUCGCGGGCCUUGACCACGCCCAUCGCCAACAUCGUCACCCGCAAGCAGACGCUGACCCUGAUGGACGCGGGCGCGACGUCGUCGAGUGAGAUCAGCGUCCGCGAGAUCGCCGACGGCAUCCUGCGAGAGAAGGGCAUCGCGGGCUUCUGGUCCGGCUACUCGGCUAGCCUGGUCUUGACGCUGAACCCGAGCAUCACGUUUUUCCUGCAGGACUUCCUGAAGAAGAGCGUCGUGACCGACGACAGAUACGACGACCCGGGGCCGCGGCUGACGUUCCUGCUCGCGGCAACGAGUAAGGCCGUCUCCAGCCUGAUCACGUACCCCUUCCAGAUAGCCAAGACAAGGCUGCAGGCCGGUGUGCCCAUCGAACCGGAACCGCAGGAGGGUGGAGCCGACGAAGAGUCGGAAGAGGGUGUACCCCAGAGCGAAAAGGGGCCAGCGCAAGAAGAAGGAGGCGACGACGUCGACAAGGAGGUGGAGCUGAAACUGAAGGGCGUCCGCGCCGUCCAGCAAUUCGCCAAGCAGAGCGUCUUCGGAAUCGUAGCGCAGAUCGUGCGGACCGAAGGCGUCGGCUCACUGUACGAUGGCAUCCACGGGGAACUGCUGAAGGGGUUCUUCAGCCACGGCACCACCAUGGUCUCCAAAGGCCUCGUCCAUAAACUGCUGUUCAAGUUUUAUCUGUUCGCCCUGGGUAUCCUGGCCGAGUUGCGGCAACGGCGGGCGAGGACGAGGGCGGGGGCAGCGGGCGGAACGCAGGAGCUCCCCAUCGCACUGCGGUAUCGCAUCGACAGGAGUCAAGUCGGCAAGAGAGGGAAUACUAGUGCGCUGGACUAUGGAUUGAACGUCGUGGCGAACCUGGUCGAUGGGACGCAAAGGGGAGUUGGUAAGGAUUGA